AUGAAGCCAUCAUCAUCGUUGUCGCGGGCGUUAGAAAUCACAGUGAUUUCCGGGGAGAAUCUCCGACAGAACAGGACGCAAUGGGUGAAGAAGAACGCUUUCGUAAAUAUCAAAACAGAUUCGAGCAGCAACAUUCAAACAACAAGGAUGGAUAAAGAAGGUGGAAAUUUUCCUAUGUGGAACGAGAAAUUGAUCGUUAAUAUGCCCAUGCAUGCUCGUUAUCUGACGGUUGAGGUUCAAUGCAAGACUUCUUCAGGUAUCAAAACAAUUGGAAUUGCAAGAGUUCCGACGUCGGAUUUCAUUGGUGGAUUCUUGCCGGAAGAUUAUCUGCACUUGUUGAGUUAUAGGCUUAGGGAUGAAAAGGGUGAGAAGAAUGGGAUUAUUAAUUUCUCCGUCAAGGUCAAGAAUGCACAGUCGUACACUGCCGGUUGCGCCACCGCUUAUUCGCAGCAGUGGAUGGCAACUCCGGUGGCUAUGGGAAGUAAUGCUUCUGGUGGGGUUGUGACGGGUAUUCCCGUUUAUCCCGGGAGUUAUUAG